ACACAAUUUACACACAAACACAAACCGCCUACGUCCACCAGCGGCACCGUUUCCCCUCACGCACGCACGCACGCCUCGAUCCCAUCGAACAGGCCGCCAUGGACUCCGCCGCGGGGAUGAGGGAAUCGGCGCUGGACCUGCUGGCGGCGCUGCUGACGGGCCGGGCCCCGGCGGCGGCCGCCGACGGGGACGGGGGCCAGAGCCGCCGCCUGCUCGCGCUGCUCGCCACCUCCCUCGCCGUGCUCGUCGGCUGCGGCGUCGCGCUGCUCUUCCGCCGCUCCUCCUCUGGCGCCGCGCCGCUCGCCCGCCAGGCGGCCGCGGCCAAGCCCCUCGCCGCGAAGAAGGACCAGGAGCCCGACCCCGACGACGGCCGCCAGCGGGUCGCCCUCUUCUUCGGCACCCAGACCGGCACCGCCGAGGGCUUCGCCAAGGCGCUCGCGGAGGAAGCCAAGGCGCGGUACGACAAGGCCGUCUUCAAGGUGCUCGAUCUGGACGACUACGCCGCCGAGGACGAGGAGUACGAGGAGAAGCUCAAGAAGGAGAACAUCGCCUUCUUCUUCCUGGCAACGUACGGGGAUGGUGAGCCAACCGACAAUGCUGCCAGAUUCUACAAAUGGUUCUCUGAGGGGAACGAGAGGGGCGAGUGGUUGAGCAACCUCCAGUACGGGGUGUUUGCUCUUGGGAAUAGGCAGUACGAGCAUUUCAACAAGGUCGGAAAGGAGGUUGAUCAGCUCCUUGCCGAACAAGGUGGAAAGCGCAUAGUUCCUGUUGGCCUUGGAGAUGACGAUCAAUGCAUUGAGGAUGACUUCAACGCCUGGAAGGAACUACUGUGGCCAGAAUUGGACAAACUGCUCCGCGUUGAAGAUAAUUCUUCAGCAGCACAAUCUCCUUACACAGCUGCUAUUCCGCAAUAUAGAAUUGUGCUUACCAAACCAGAGGAUGCCACACAUAUCAACAAGUCUUUCAGUCUUAGCAAUGGUCAUGUCGUCUAUGACAGUCAACAUCCUUGCAGGGCAAAUGUGGCUGUGCGACGGGAGCUUCACACACCAGCUUCUGACCGGUCCUGCAUUCAUUUGGAGUUUGAUAUUGCAGGAACUAGCCUCACAUAUGAGACUGGAGAUCAUGUUGGUGUGUACGCAGAAAAUUCAACCGAGACUGUAGAGGAGGCAGAAAAGCUAUUAGAUUAUUCGCCAGAUACUUAUUUCUCAAUUUAUGCUGACCAAGAGGAUGGCACUCCACUUUUUGGGGGCUCUUUGCCACCUCCUUUCCCUCCCUGUACCGUGAGGGUUGCACUUGCCAGAUAUGCCGAUCUGUUGAAUUCACCUAAGAAGAGUGUUUUACUUGCUUUGGCUGCUCAUGCAUCUGAUCCCAAAGAGGCCGAGCGGCUAAGACAUCUAGCAUCCCCUGCUGGAAAGAAAGAAUAUUCUCAGUGGAUAAUCGCUAGUCAAAGAAGUCUCUUGGAAGUUAUUUCGGAGUUUCCAUCAGCGAAACCUCCGCUUGGUGUCUUCUUUGCAGCUAUUGCUCCUCGCCUUCAGCCGAGAUACUACUCAAUAUCUUCCUCACCAAGAAUGGCACCAACAAGAAUUCAUGUAACAUGUUCACUAGUUCAUGGGCAAAGCCCCACUGGAAGGAUCCAUAAAGGAGUUUGUUCCACUUGGAUGAAGAAUUCAACUCCAUCGGAAGAGAGCGAAGAAUGUAGCUGGGCUCCAAUUUUUGUGAGGCAGUCAAACUUCAAAUUGCCCGCUGAUCCUACAGUGCCUAUUAUAAUGGUAGGCCCUGGGACUGGCCUUGCACCUUUCAGGGGCUUCUUACAGGAAAGAUUAGCUUUAAAAGAGACUGGUGUGGAACUGGGCCGUGCCAUCCUGUUCUUCGGGUGCAGAAACCGCCAGAUGGACUUCAUAUACGAGGACGAGCUGAACAACUUUACCGAAUCUGGAGCCCUGUCCGAGUUGGUCGUCGCCUUUUCUCGUGAGGGUCCUACAAAAGAGUACGUCCAACACAAAAUGGCAGAGAAGGCUGCAGAUCUAUGGAGCAUAGUUUCCCAGGGUGGCUAUGUGUAUGUCUGCGGCGAUGCCAAGGGCAUGGCGAGAGACGUGCACCGCGCGCUGCACACCAUAGUUCAGGAACAGGGCUCUCUGGACAGCUCCAAGACGGAGGGUUACGUGAAAAACCUUCAGACGGAAGGAAGAUACCUGAGAGACGUCUGGUAACAAUUGCGGCGGAAACGAACGGAUGAUUCAACACAACGUAGGAAAUCUAGAGAAAUGGUCGAUCGAACAUGAGAAAUGCGGCUUCGAUUUCGAAUAUGAUUGGUGCCGUUAUAUAGUAGUUGUAGUAGUGGGAUUUUUUGUUGUUGUAUAGGACGCCCCGGCCAGAUACGGAUGUAGUAUUAUUUGUUGAUGAACGGAGGAUGAUUAUUCAUCGAUUGUUUGUGAUGUCUGAAAUUAAAGCUAAAUAAAGGUGCCCAUUCGCAUCUCAGCUAAUUUAAUCA